AUGCCAAAGCCUGAAAGAAGAAUAGUAUCUCCACAAGACUUAGAAAAGUGGGUGGAGUCUCCUUCAUACAAUUUAAUAUUACAAUUUGUUGUUGACUUGCAAGAUCUGAUCACUGGUUUAACUAAUGAUGCUGAAGUGUAUACAUCAGAGAAUGUUCAUUUGAUUUUAAAGGCAUUAGAUGAAGUAAAUGUUAUAAUAGAUGAAAAUCCAGUUGAGAUUGAUAAAAACAUAUCGAGAUUUGGUAAAGUUGAAUUUAGAGAUUUUUAUGAUUCAGUUGCUCAGAAAUCAAAGCAAUUUUUAUCUUCAUUGUUGGAUGAAACUAAUGACAAAUUCAUAGAGUUGACAUCAUAUUUUGACGAAGCUUGGGGUAACAGAACCAGAAUAGAUUAUGGUUCAGGUCAUGAAUUGAACUUUAUUUGUUUCCUUUUAUCCUUAAGAGAAUUAAAAAUAGUUAACCAGAAGGACUACUCGGCCUUGGUAUUAAAGGUUUUUACAAAGUAUAUUGCCAUCAUGAGAAGAUUACAAAAAAUAUAUUGGUUAGAGCCAGCUGGAUCUCAUGGGGUUUGGGGUUUAGAUGACUAUCACUUCUUACCAUUCUUAUUUGGAUCAGCUCAAUUAGCCACUCAUCCUCAUAUGAAACCCAAACUGAUUCAUAACGAAGAAUUGGUAGACCUUUACUACAAACAAUACAUGUAUCUAGAAUGUAUUCAUUUCAUUAACAACAUUAAAACUAUCCCUAAAAAUCAAACUGAAAAGCUCAGUAUAAGGUGGCACUCUCCAAUGUUAGAUGAUAUUCUGGCUGCUAAAUCAUGGCAAAAGAUAAAAGAAGGGAUGAUCAAAAUGUAUAAGGCAGAAGUUUUAGGCAAGUUGCCAAUCAUACAACAUUUCAUGUUUGGAAGUAUAAUUUUGUGUCCUGAAGGUGUCAGUAAACACGAUGAAAAUAGCAGUGAUGAUCAUGGUCAUGAUGACAACUGUGGCCAUCUUCACGAUGUUGCAAAUCCUUGGGGUGAUUGUUGUGGUAUCAAGAUUCCUAGUGCUAUCGCUGCUUCAGAAAGUUUACGAAUGGCAGAACAUCAAACACAUCAUAAGCCAAUUCCAUUCGAUUAG